AGCUGAGCUCUCGAAAGUAAAAUCCUGGCUAAAGUCUUGCAAGCCGGCAGUCAUGUCCUCCAGUAUCGAGCUGAUCAACCCAAAAGCUGAGAGCGUUCGUCGCUCAGCAGCGCUUCAGGUCAAUACGACCGGCGCGAUGGGUCUUGCCAACGUCGUGAAAGGCAACCUCGGACCCAGAGGAACUCUCAAGAUGCUGGUAGAUGGUGCGGGCCAGAUCAAGAUGACAAAAGACGGCAAGGUGCUACUCUCCGAAAUGCAGAUCCAGAACCCUACCGCCGCCAUGAUCGCGAAGACAGCAGUUGCACAAGAUGAUCAGGUCGGAGAUGGGACGACGUCAGUGGUGUUAUUGGUGGGCGAGCUGCUGAAGCAGGCGGAUCGGUUCAUCUCUGAGGGUGUGCAUCCGACCGUGAUUGCAGAGGGAUUCGAUUUAGCGAAGAAGGAAGCUCUUGCGUUCUUGGAUUCGUUCAAGCAGCAGGUGACGUUGGAUAGAGCUACCCUAAUCAACGUCGCCUAUACGUCUCUCGCGACGAAACUCGACAACGCCUUGGCCAAGAAACUGGCCGCUGACGUAGUUGACGCUGUCCUCACCAUCCGACCCCCUCCCCCAUCAGAAGAUUCAGAGGACAAAUUCCGGGAUCCCAUUGAUCUGCAUAUGAUUGAGAUCAUGAAGAUGCAGCACCGGACAGCAUCCGAUACGCAACUCGUCCGGGGCCUCGUCUUGGAUCAUGGCGGUAGACAUCCUGACAUGCCCAAACGCGUCGAGAACGCGUACAUUCUGACCCUGAACGUGAGCUUGGAGUACGAGAAGACCGAGGUCAACUCAGGGUUCUUCUACUCCUCCGCCGAACAGCGCGAAAAGCUCGUCGAGUCCGAACGCAAGUUCACCGACGCAAAGUGCCGGAAGAUUGUAGAGUUCAAGAACCUGGUUUGCGACCAGGCGGUGGACUCGAAGGAGAAAAAGAAGAACUUCGUCGUCAUCAACCAGAAGGGUAUUGACCCCAUGAGUCUAGAUAUUCUUGCUAAGAAUGGUAUCCUUGCUCUUCGUCGGGCCAAGAGGCGGAAUAUGGAGCGGUUGCAACUCGUAUGCGGCGGCUCUGCCCAGAAUUCCGUCGAAGACUUGACACCCGACGUCCUCGGCUGGGCCGGUCUCGUCUACGAACACACCCUGGGCGAAGAGAAGUUCACAUUCAUCGAAGACGUCAAAGACCCGAAGAGUGUGACGCUGCUCAUAAAGGGCCCCAACGCAUACACGAUACAGCGCGUUCAGGACGCCCUCCGGGACGGCCUGCGCGCCGUGAAGAACGCGAUCGAUGACAACGCACUGAUCCCUGGGGCUGGUGCGUUUGAGGUGGCGUGUGCGGCGCAUCUGGCGGGGCCGGUGAAGAAGAACGCCAAAGGACGCGUGAAGAUGGGUGUGCAAGCCUUCGCGGACGCGCUGCUAGUUAUUCCGAAGACGCUCGCCCAGAAUGGUGGGUUCGAUGUCCAAGACGUUGUCGUUGCCUUACAGGACGAGCAAGCGGAGGGCAAUAUCGUCGGUAUUGACCUAAACUCUGGCGAGCCCUUUGACCCGACAGUGGAGGGGAUCUGGGAUAACUACCGGGUCAAGAGGCAGAUGCUCCAUUCAUGUUCUGUUAUUGCUGUCAACCUGCUAUCGACUGACGAGAUCUUACGAGCGGGGCGUAGUUCAUUAAAACCUGAGGGACAACAAUGAUACAUUCAAGCAUGUAAAUCUUAUCGUACUGCUAAUACGAGCUAUUGCAUUUCCGUAACGGCAAAUGUCAAUGAGGGGAAUUGCAAGUAAUCAGGGGGACAUGAAUGUGAGCGGAACUGAUACAGGAGCUGCAAGAUAUUAUUACAAUAAACAUAGUAUAUACGAAUGCGGCGGACAAUACGAUAACAUAGAAGUUACUUGAGAGCAUUGCUGAGCGUCUGGGUGAUAAAGAUAAACGAAUGCACGUCCAACAUACAAUCAGCAUAGCGUUCGGUUACUUGUCCGUACUCGCGUGAGUCCUAGUCAGCAUGAAUUACAGAGUUGAUCUGUACUGUAGACUUCGCAUGUUAUGCGAGAGAUAGGGGAAAGAUUGACUGGUGAAUAACGCCAGGAUUGUGAUGGCAAAACUAGUUUAAACGCUAUCGACUGUCACCAUGGUCGAGAUGUCCAUGAGGCGACGGGAGGAGAUUGGUAUAGACGCCGCAGAGGGAUAGGCACGAUCAACGUGCAUAAAAUCAUUGGUAUCGAGACCAUCUUCGUCGAGGUCGCUCCCGUCGUCGCCGUUCGUGUUGUUAACAGCACUCCACCGACG